AUGCCGUCCCAUAAAACGCUCAGGAUUAAGCGCGUCCUUGCCAAGAAGAUGAAGCAAAACCGACCAAUUCCACAGUGGAUCCGCAUGAAAACUGGCAACAAGAUCAGGUACAACUCCAAAAGGAGACACUGGAGAAGAACUAAGCUGGGCCUAUAAAGGAAUUCUCCGCUGGCGUCCAACUAUCUUC